AUGUGUGCGGCACAAUGUUCAGUGGGUGAGUGAAAAUAUCGUCCGAUUUCAAGAUAAUGUGCAUUUACGGUUUUCUUGUUGUACUUCGAGAAAAGAGGGAAAAUCCCAAAAAAAAACUUGAAAUGGAGUUUGGUUACUGUCAGUUUGCUUCGAGACCCACACCAUCUCCCACAUGUACCUUUAAAGCGUCUCGUAAAUCUACACACUUUUUGUUGGAAAAAAAAUAUAAAAAGAACAGAAAGAUUUCGUUUUUUGUUGCAACUAUGGUUGUAAUACAAAAGUAUCUAUCAGUUGUAAUCGAAUCGAACAACCAAAGUGGUUUUUUUUUGCAUUUUGCCUAUCUAAAUUCUGCUGCCACGAAGAAAUAGUAGAAGAAAAUGAUAUCUUUAACCUUCAUCUCUAACCGUUCUCAUGUUGUGUUGAAAAUUUGUUGGGAGAAAAGGAAAAAACUUGAUUUGAUAGGUUUUUCUGUCUUUUUUGGAUUUUUUUUGAUACAUUUUUUGAGUGGGAGAUUUUUUUUUUUUAAUUUUUAGAUUUUCCAACCAAAAAUUAGUUUAAAAUUUUCCCAAACAAAUCCCGAAUUAGCCAAACUUUUCUAUUUUCCAGAAGUGAUCCGCCGCCACUCGUCAAACAUUCGAACCUAUGACGCAAUAGAUUUUCGCGAUAAGCUCACCAAAAAUCGAUCGCUCGACCGUUUUCCCGCUCCACCUCCACCGCCUCCGCCACCAAAACAUUCAGCUCCACAACCACCAAAAGGCGCAGUCUGUUUCAAUCCACAUCCACAAUCGAUUUUUGUGAAGAAUCCCAAUUUAACAUUGCCAAAUCAUCAUAGAAAAACGAAUAAUAUCACAAGAAAAACAUCGAAAAUGUCGAGUUUGGCCAGAGUUGCAUGGGUUAGUUGGAUUUUUGGGGGAAAAUUUUGAAAUUGGAAAAAAAUUGCGUGAAAACGUGACCUUAAUUUUAUUUUUGGUUAUUUUUAAAAAUUUGAAAUUGGAAAAUGGCUGAAAAUUUGAAGUGAGUUGAGUUUUGUGGGUUACUGUAAUUCAAAAAAUUUUUUAGAUUAAAAAAAACUUCAUUUUGGAAUUUUAUUGAAAUUUUAUACUUGUUUUUCCGAAGUUUGAAGUUGACUCCAGAUGUCUUCAGAAGCAAAAUCAAAUAAUUUCAAGAUGAUCCAACAAUUUUUAAGUUUAGAAUUAUCUAAACCAAUAUUUUUUCUCUGGAAAAAAAAAUCCAAAAACUGUUUUCUCAGAUAAAUUUAGUUUCCAUAAGUUCCGAAGAUUUUUUUUCAAAAUUUUCAAAAGCAGUAGAAAUUUUUAAACUUCCAGAAAUAUUUUUUGAUAUAGAAUUUUUUAAUUUUAGAAAAUUCUGAUCCUAUUUAGACAUGAAUUCUGAUCCAUCAUGUUUUUUCUUAAAAUUCUGUGCAAAAUCCAAUACAAACUUCAAACAACACAUAUUCAAUUUAUCAAAAAUAAACAGAAAAAAGAUGAGAGCCCUUGCACGUUGUCAAAAUUUUACUGCGCCCUCCCACCCAAAAAAUGUGAACAAUACAAUAAACAAAAAAGAAUUGAAUAAUCGAUUAGUAAUAUUUGAAUAGCAUUAUUUUCUGUCACUUUUUUUCGUUCUCACAUUAUAAAAUUUUAUUCAUUUUUGUAUUGUUAUCUAUCUUUUUGUAAAAGUUCCGCCGACAAUGUCGAAAAAUGAAAAAAAGAAAUUGUCGCAUUUUUAUGCGAGCCUUGAAACUGAUGCGGAUUUAUAUCGAUCGAAUGAGGUAAUCCUACUAGAUUAGUCAUGGCAACCCAGAAAAAAAAAUAGAACAUUAUUUUGAAACUUUUUGCUUAUCAGCCAGCCCAAAUAUUUCUUAUCGGGGUCUCUGUUUUUUUUUUGAGACACAACAGGAGAAGAAAAACAUGAGUCACCUCACUAUUUUUUAUUAGUUUUUAAUAAAAUUGUGUCCAUUUUUUUAUAGUUACGUCCGUAUACAACUUCUGAACAACAAAUGCAUGCGUCGACAUUGCCCAGGAAUUAUGGUGAGCACUUUUUUUUUGGUGGGAAAAUUGGUACGGGAUUUUUUGAAGAAGGAUGGGAAUAGGAAAUUUGAGAAUUUGGGUGUACCAUAAUAAUUUCACAAAUUAUGAAGAACUGGAUAAAAUUUUUGAAACUAAAAAAAAAUUUGGAAGAUUUUUCGAAAAAUCUUUCAAAUUUUUUUUUUCUAAAUUUGAGAAUUUGGGUGGACCAUAAAAAUUUUACAAAUUAUGAAGAGCUGGAAUUAAUUUCUAAAAUUGAGAAAUUUUUGGAAUAUUUUUCGGAACACUGUGAUUUUUUUAUAGCUUUUUCUAUUUUUAGCUGAAAAAAUCGGGUUUUCGAAACUCUUGAACAUAAUUUUGAAAAGAUUUUUGACAGCUUCAUUUUUUUUCUGAUCUGUAGGAAGUUAUAUGAAAUUUUCAAAGUUUUCUAAAUUUUUGAUUUUUUUUUCGACAGCCCAGGAAAAAUCUAAUAUUCAGCUUGAAAAAUUUUUCUGAAAAUUAAAAAAAAUUUUGGAAGAUUUUUCGAAACACUGUGAUUUUUAAUAGCUUUUCUAAUUUUUACGGUUUGUGAAGUUUUGAAGGAAGAAAACUUGAUCAAAAUUUUAUGACAGCCCAGAAAAAAUAAAAGAUUCCGCUUGCAAAAUUUCUGAAAAUUAGAAAAAACCUUUUCAUUUCCUCCUCAAAAAUGAGAAAUUCCAAAAAAAUUUUCCAAAAUUUUUUAAUGUUUUUAUUUCAAAAAAAUUAGAUUACAAAGUUCUGAACUACAUCAAUCUUUGAACUUCUUCAGCCUUCAGUUCAACAAAGUUCUUGACUUUAGUGAUUUUCUAAUUUAUCCUCUUUCCCUCCUCAAAACAAAACCGAAUGAUGAAAAAUGAUUGACCUAAAAAGGGGCUAACGUACUUUUUUUUUGGUGUUGUGAUUUCACAAGGUCAUAUGUGCAGUUGAAUGUAUUUAUUUAUUAUAUCCCCUUAUUUUGCCUCCUCAUUUUUAUAGGAAUGCCUGAACCACCAAGAUCAAAUCAAUAUUUUGAAAUGCCAUCGACUGUUGGAAGAGCUGCACAAUUUGGACAUAUUAUACAUAAUGAAAGGUACGGUUUUGUUUAUUUUUUGGAAGAAAAUUAUGAGUCAUCGUAUAGUUUUUUUUUCUCAUAAUUUGUCCAAAUGUGUCCUAGAAAAAAUAUUCAAAUAUAACAAUAAUAAUUUUAUUUUAUUAUUAUUAUUGCUAUAUAUUGUUUGUUUUCCUCUCUUCUUUUUUGUCUUUUUCUUAUUUUUCUUCUUCUACAUGCCGAGAGCAUGUUUGAACAAAUAACAAAGCUUCCCGCUUGACAAAAAAAAGAGCAACAAUUAUUGUUUUUGGAUUUUUACAGGAGAUUUGCGAGCUUGGAAAAAUCGCGUGCUCAACGAUACUCGCGCAGCGAAGUAUCAUUUGAUGGAUAAUCAGCAAAAUUCGAUGAAUAAUCAGUUUACGGAUUAUGAUACGAUUGUUAAACAGGUUGGGCAUUUUUUGAAACCUUUUUUGUAAUUUGAAUAUUAUCCGGUAAUUUUGAAAAAAAUAUUGUUUCCUAGGAUUUCAAUCUACAGUAAUUUCUAGAGUCUCACAAGUUACUGUAGAACAAAUUUUCAAAUAUUCUUGAUACCGGCUGAUAAUUUACAAAGGGAAUACUGUACGAGAGUAAAACUUUGAAUAUUGUAGUACUUGGGAUACUGUAGAUUCGAGCUUCAAAGUUUUGUAGAUUUUGUGCAGGUAGAUCUGAAUGUCGACUUAAAAAAUUCAUGAAAAUUUUGAAGCCGAGUUAUUUUUUUUUUUGGAAAUUUCUCCCAUUUCUAAAAACCAAAUUUUUUACGUUUCAAAAAAAUAUCGAAUUGAAAUAUUGGAUUUUGAAUUUGAUAGAUGUGUUCCAUGUCUAAAGAGGAUCAAAAAUAGUUUACUUAUUGUCAAUCCGAAAAAAAUAAGAACCUUGGAAAAUAACCAAAAUGGCCUAGAAAACCAAGACUACAGUAGACUUCGCAAAAUUGUGGAGUCUAUUUGAAAAAUAAAAUGCGAAAUUUACACGUUGGCUAUUUGCCAACCAGUUUGAUGUGCAUGUGUCACGUCAUUUUUAGUCUACUGUACGUGAGCGCCAAUUCAAACGGGGGUUCUUUUAUUUUCGGAAUGACAAUACUUAUUUUGAUUUUUUCCUCAAGUUGUUUACCAACUAGGGUUCAAUAAUUAGGUAGUAAUUUCAAAGUGAUAAACAAGUUUUCCACUUUUUUCUCUUCAAAGAUCAUACGCCCUUUCUCUUUUUUCUCGUAAUUAGAAAAGAAGACGGUAUUUAUGUAUAUUGUUUAUAUAAAUGCUCGGAUUGUCACCUGGUCCGUUCAGUCAUGCAUGACCUUCCGUCGGCCUUCCUAUUUUCUACCAGCCUUUACCUCCACCUUUUGUUGUAUGCACAUAUAAUUAUCGAUCGGUGGUAUUGUUGUUUUUUUUUUCUCAUCUGCCAAGAAACUAAAACUAAAACCUGAUCUUCUACCAUCUUUCUCAUCAUCUUAUUUUAUACGUUUUUUUUGUAAGUCUCAAAAUGUUAUAAGUAGAAGCUAUUACACAUUUAUUGCUAGAUUUAUUCAUGUUUUUCAUAUUUUCUCCGCAAGGUUUUUUUUGGUCUCACAGAAGAAAAAAUCGGGGAAUCAUCUCAUUUCAGGUCAGGCGCGUUUGCGACCUGAUUUUUUCCGGGAAAAUUGUUUUUUUUUCUAUCAGAGAAGAUACUGGAAAUAAUUGGUUUUGGAGAAAGUUUUUGAUUGAUUGGGAAAACUUUUUUUUAGUUGGGACUUUGAAGAUAAACUUGGGAAUUUUGAAAAAACAAAAAUUUCAUCAGAAUUUUCUCAAAAAUCUCCAAGUUCUGCUAAAUUAGAAGAGGCCGAAACCUAAUUCUGAAAAUUCCAGAUUUCCAGCCUACAGUAUCUUUUUUCCCAUCGUAAAACUUUAUGUAUAUAUUUACUUUUCAAGUUGCACGCACUACUAUACUAAUAAUUCCAGACCAAUUCGAACAUAAUUUUAUGAUAAUCCGACAUGUUCUUUCUUCUUUUCUCUAUGCUUUUUUCUUCUUUUGCCCUACUACAACUUUUUUUAAGUGGCAGGGUGUUAAUCGUAUACGAUUAACAAAUAAAUGGACGAACUGGAUCUUGUUCGUCCGAUGUUCCUAUGAUUGUGCUCAUCGUUUUUUUUCACUUGUAGUACAGUUCUUUUUCAAAAAAAAUCAAAAUUUGAUUUUUGCAGAAAUCUGGAACAACGAAUCAACGAAUGAUGGCGGGGCCUGGUGGAGGGGCUUCUGUCCAAGGCCUUAAACGAACCGAUAUUGUGUUUCAAACACUUCAAAAAGGGUUCAAGUGAGUUUUUUGGGAUCUUUUUCUAGCAAGGAAUCACUGAAGGAUCUUUUACUGUAACUUGGGCAGAAGAGAUAAUUAUUCCAGAAAUCCUAGAGUAUAAUAUAUAGUUAUGACGUGGCAAUAUUUUUCUGAGAGUGGUUGCAACUUUGCCACGUCAUAACUAUAUUUUGGACGAGUUGUAUACUCUAGGAUUUCUGGAAUGAUUAUCUCUUGGGUCAAUUACCGAAAUUACAGAAAAAGAUUAUUCGGUUAUGCUGCGUCCAAUGCAAAAAAAAAACGCGUAAAAACGCGCGACAAACGUGUUCCUUUGAAAUUUACUACGGUAUGUUCAAUAUUUCGUCGCCGUGUUUGCACAUACCGUAGUAAAUUUCAAAGGAACAUGUGUUUUUCGAUCGAUAUCUCGUUGAUUUACUGUAUGUUUCUUUCAAAAAUAGAGAUUUUUCACGCGUUUUUUUGCAUUGGACGCAGCAUUAGACACACCAACCCUUUGGAAAUUCCAUUUCCCGAUUUUAAAAACUUCAACCUUUUUUCUUUACAGAAACUUUAUAACCCACUAUCAAUCUGAAAUUGCACGCCUCAAAAUCGAUCUCGAAACCAAUCAAAUUGGCGGAGAUCAAAUGAAACCGUAUAACGAUGUGAGUUUUUUUUAAUCGAUUUUUCCCCGCGCGCGCGCUCGCGUCAAAUUACGAUGCACGCGCAAUAUUUACACGUGAACCGCAACCGAAAAGCUGUUCAUUUUAUUUCUUUCGUUCUUUCCUUUAUGUGUCACCUUUUCGUUCGAUUUUGCAUUGAUUUUCUUGAAAAUCUUCACCGGAAAAAUGAAUAAAUCUCUAAACACUUUAAAAAUUUCAAGUGACUUUUACGCAUUUCACUUUUUUUUCUCACUCAUUCAGUUUUCACUAUUUUCUACUUGAAUCCAAUCAUUUAUAUGUUUAUUAGUUGCGCCCAAAAAUGACACUUUUAGAAAAUACUUGUAUGUGUAAUUUUCCAUGAAUAUUCAAUCGUUUUCUAUUUUUUUUUUUGAAUAAACAAUGCUUUCUCCGCGCAACGCAAACAGUAUAAGAAAACGGUUUUUUCAUAUAAUAAAAUGAGAAAAUUCGCUUCUUUUUCCUUCAUGCUUUAAAAAAUAAUAUCUCAUUUUUAAUUUUCUAGGAACUAUUGUUGUGCGAAGAGAAUUUGUUACUUUAUACAACUCGAUUACAAAGAAUCAAUAAAUUGUAUGAGAAUUGGAAAAUUGGACAAUAUUCGACGAUGAAAGCCAAAUCGUCGAGUUUGUCGGAAUUGCGAGCCGCUUUCACUGGAAAAGAUGUGUCGGCAAGUGGAAGUACGGCUGUUGAUUUGGAAUUGGCUAAUAUGAUGGGACGGGUUGUCGUGGAAGUUAAAGGUGAGAUUUUCUACGGGUUUUUGGGUGUUUAGAGAGAGAAACAGCAAAAUUUGAAAACCUAGAGUUCUCUCUGAAAUUUCACAGUGUCAGCAAUUCCUUUAGGAUUCAAAACUAUGCGAUAUUUUGCACGAAAACCCGAAAAAUCCCAAAAAUUAAAUUAAUUUUUUUCUCCCCAGAAAUACGGUAUGCAGCGAGUGUUUGCGGGUUUUGCAGACAAACACCGAACCUUACGCGCAACUUAUUUUUUUUUCCGAAAAACUGCCGAAAAGUCAAAAACGCAAAUAAAAACAUGUUUUUCCAGCCAUUGUCGGUUUCGCUCGAAUCACACCCGGCGACGUGUUCGAAGUCCAAAUCAAACACGGCACACAAAAAUGGAAAACACGCGGAAAAACGCAAGAUGAUCGAAGUCAAAAAUGGGAAAAAGAUCAAGUCGUCCUGACAUGCUCGCCCGAUUGUUCCAUCGAUGUCAAAGUUUCCGAAUGCAGAUUUUUCAAAUCAAAAUCGCUAAAUUCGAGAUCAUUCGACCCAUGCCAAUUAUUUUCGUCACAACCACAAUUGGUAACAAUGAAUUUGAAUUCGAUGGGAACAAUCAAAUUGCAAAUGGUUGUCACGUGGCUGUGAGUUGUUUAAUUGAAAUUCAUCAAUAAAAAUAUUAUUUUUCAGACCAUUAUUGGCUUCAAAAACAUCGACAAAACCAAAAGUGAUAUCUGAUUCAACAAUGGAUCGAACAAAACCACGUGUCGCACUUCGAGAAAAGAAACGUGGCUCGGCAGCUCGUGUUGCGAUGAAAGAACAAUGGAGAAAUUCGACAAAUAUGCUCGAUUCGAUAUAUUUCGAUGUUGCCAAAACAAUUCCAUCAGUCGAAGCGAUGUCAACAGGAACACUUCCAGCUCGAACAUCCAAUAACAAUAAUAACAACAAUUUUAGCAUGAAACAGGGAUUAUUGGCAGGAAAAAGAAGUCAGAGUUUGGCGCAAUUGGGUGGAAUUGAUGGAGGAAGCCGAGAGAAUUCGAGCAGUUUUGUUGUUGAUCAGAAAAUUGAGGAAAAUAUGAUUGAUAAUGUGUUGGGUAAAAGUCGAAAAUUGUUGAAAGAAUAUGAUGAACUUGGAAAUCUUGUUGAUUUGUUGGUGCAGUGGAAUGGUUUUAUGAAGACGAAACAGAAGAAGAGAAUAUUGUCGGGAGGAUCGCCGAGAUCGAUUAGAACUUGUGCAUCGGAUGAAUUGGAUGAUAAUGUUUUGAUUGCAAAUGAUGGACAGUGAGUAGUUUUUAUUCGGGGAAACACCUCGGCCAAGCCGUGGCUGGCCAGAGUACAAUUUUUUUGAAAAAUCUUAAUUUCAGUUUUUAGAGGUCAAAAAUUGAAAAAUAACAAUUUUUAGAGGACAAAAACUGAAAAAUUCACAAUUUUUGAACUGUAAAAAGUCAGCGUACAAUUUUUUAUUGUGGAAACCACGAUUUUGGCCGAGCCUUGUUCGGGGAUUUUUUGAAGUAUGUUUGAUUAUGGGAUGAUUCAGGUCGAAAAAAAACUAAGAAAAAAGUUUUUUUUAACAAAAAUUUUCGAUUCAGAAAGUGUUAAAAAACCCUAUUUUUUCCACACAAAAAUGAAAAAUAUCUCGCAGCGAAAAUGUUUCAAUGAAACAAUGUUUAAAAAAAUAGGAAAAAAAUAUAGUUUUUUGAAAUUUUCUGAAGCGAAAAUUUUUGUUGAAAACGUUUUUUUUUAAAGUUUUUUUUCGACCUGAAUCACCCCAUUAAAAUUUUGAGGUCAUAAUAAAAUUCCUGGGAAUUUCCCGGAUUUCCAAUCUUUUUUGAUUUUAUCACGAUUUUAAUGAAAUUUUCUCGCUCAUUUUUAAAAUUCUGAAUUCAGGAGAUAACUUUUUACUGGAUUUCUUCAGCUUUCAAUUUUCAUUCCAUUUUUACAGCUCUGAAAAUGAUAGUGGCAUCGAUUCGAUUCGACAAAACUACUCCCCAUACGGCGAAACUCCAUCUGCUCGCUACAAAAACCUCAAAGAUCGCCGAAAAUCGCUCGGGGCAAUGAUGGAUCCAAUCGAAAUUGAGAAAAUGUACCUAGAAAAUGAUCAAUUUUGGCAAACACCCGAAAGAAAAACGAAAGAAACCACUGAAACAACAUCCGAAAUCGAUCGAUGUCUUCAAUAUCAUUUGAAACGAGUGCAAAAAUUCUUGGAUACCCUCGAAAAAUCGCCACUCGAUUCACCGUUGGUUUUCACAGUUUCGGAAAUGUUGAAAAAGUUGGAAGUUGAAAUGGUAACUUUGGAUGAUUUACUGCGAAUUGCCACGUCAUCAUCAGCCACGCCGAAUAUUUCGAAUGUUUUGACUGAUAUUGAGGCAUGUCAAGAGAUUCAAGAGAUUUGGUUGUCAACGUGUUAUCCACUUAAUUGCUCAUUAAUUGUGCCAAAAGAUAAGCUCAAAACACAAAUUCGACUACAAAUUGCUCAUAUUACCGAAAAAAUGUAUCCGCAUUUGGUUAGUCGAGUCGCCGAAUCAAUUAUUCGAUUGCUCAAUGAUUCCGAUGAUACAUUUACAACGGUUUUCCAUUUUGUUGGCGUUUUCAAAGGACGACAUUUUGAACCGUAUAUUGAGAAUUUGGGACAUGAUGGUGAGUUUUUGGAGAGAGGGUUAAAUUUAAAAUUUUCACAUAAUUUCAAAAAUUUCUUCAUGUUUGUAGAUUUUUCAGUUAGAAAUUUCAAUACAAUUUUAUAGAUUUCCUGUAUAAUUUUGAAAAAAAUCCCAAAAACUUUCAUAAUGGCCCUAUGCAAAAUAAUAUUUUGUAAUAAAAAACAUAAUUUUCCUAUGCAGAAAAAUGCGAAAAACAAAAUAUACAGUUUAUUAUUUUUGAGUAGAGACAACGUAAAAUUGAGAGAGUGCAGACAGACAAAUUGAUUUUUCGCACAAAAAAUACAAAAAACUGUCUGCGCUCUCUCAAUUUCACAUUGUCUCUACUCAAAAAUAAUAAACUGUUUAUUUUGUUUUUUCGACAUUUUUCUGCAUAGGAAAAAUAUUUUUUUUUUAAAUAAAAAAAUAUUAUUCUGCAUAGGCCCAUUUAGACUCAAAUUUCUAAAAUUUCAAAAACAAAAAAAAAUACGUUUCAUAAUUUUAAUAUAAUUUAUUAUCAAAUCUGUUUUUUCAAUUCCACCAUUUUUCAAUAUUUCGGGCUUGAAUUCCACUUUUUUUCAUGAUUUUCGGCUUAAAAAGGCCUGGAAUUUUUUAAGAAGCAGAAAAUGGUGUAGUAGAAAAAAUGUGUUCCUAAUGACUGGCAAAUUACAAAGCUGGGAAAAAUUCUUGAAAAUUAUCUAAAAUUUACCCCGCAAAUUUAUUUCAGCCUGGAUGAUUACCCUUUUGGACACUGAACAAGUGUCAAAAGUUGCACAAGUCGUUGAUCGUCUCGCAAUUGUUCCAAUUGUCCCACCUCUCGAAUCGCUCAAACAUCUCGGUUUACUUUUGGCUCGAGGUGAUCCACGAAUUGCUCAAAUUAUAGGUUGGUUGUUUUUCUUCUUUCACAUUUUUCAUUAUUACUACUAUGACCAUAAACAAAAGAAAAUUGGUCUUUGAUUUUUGAUUGUGUGGACUACUGUAGUUUUAAUGAUCGAAUUUUUUCUAUUCAAAAAAAAACUUGUUUGGAAUUUGAGAUUUGAUCUUGCGGGUUACUGUAAUUUCAGAAACUUUUUUUAAAAGAAAAAAUAAAUUUUUGCAGAACGUUACUUAUCAAAUGCCCGCGGUCAUCUUCAAUCCGAUCUUUUAUCGUCAUAUCUUUGUCUUCUGGAAGCUGAUUCAGCUGAAGCUCGCCUCGGAGCUCUCAAAGCUAUUCAACUUUUUGAAAAUCCACGUGUCGGCAAGCAUAUUUCGUAUGUCGCUGAUCACGAUCCCUCACCACAAGUUUGCCAUUUUGCCAACACGAUAUUAGCUGAUUUCACCCCGCCUCCACCUCCACCAAUUAUUUAUCAUCAUGGCGAAGAAGUGACGAGAAUUUGA